AUGACGGUGUUCCACUUCUUAAACUGCGCGAUCCUGACCUUCGGGCCGCACGCCGUCUACUACUCUGCCACCCCGCUGUGAGUUCCGGUAAUCCUAGCUGUUCUGCAUCCAAUGUCUCAUCAAUCCUUCGAUUCGCCGGGGUGGGAUAUCGCUGACGCUUGCCGGGGCGGAGAAGAGUUGGUUGUAAUAUCGAUGGUUCGGAGAUCAGGUUUCCCGCUGUCGCUUGCCUCGGAGAUUGUUUUUCCAAUCUUCAGAUGGAUCCUCACUUGGAGAGAAUAUUGGGCCUGGUUACUGUAGUAUAAUGCUGUUUUACAUGGAUUAGCUGCAUUAUUUUCCCAAUCUAACGAAAAUUUGGCUUUCUGUGUCGUGGGGAUUUAUACUUGAACAUUUUUAUAUAUUUCAACUUCCCCAGUGAACUGGAUGAGACCUUCGCGCAUAAAAAUAAUUUGAUAAUUUUUUGAACGUGGUGUGAUCGUUCUUGGUCUCGUAGUGAGGAAUGUCCACAAUAUCACUUGCAACGAAAAUUGAGUCCUCGUGAAGUGAGGUCAUCUUUAAUUUUAGGUUUUGGAGUACGAUGAGUCCUAUGGGUGGCAACAUCCUUUUUGUUAGGCACUUUAUCGACUGAUGGGGGCCCCCUUGAUUCUUCUCAGUACCUUUCGUUGAGAUCUGUAUGGCUUAUAAAAAGAUUUGGGUAAUUUUUCUGAAAUGCGGUACAUGAACUUCUUUAGCUCAAGUUCUGGUACAUUACAUCGAGAUAUCUACAACUUGACCUCUUUAUUUUUCUGAUGCACAAUUGGACGGGAAUGUCUAGUGUAAUUCAUCUUUAAAAAAAUAUAUUUAGUUGCAAAUUAACCUGAAACUUCUGACAGAGACUUGGUGUCGCAAAGCACUGGGACCUAAACCUAAUGACGUGAUGGGCGUAAUGUGUAGGAUGCUGAAAGUUGGCAAUCAAAUUUUCGAUUAUGAGGUCUCACAAAAAAAUUAUUCAUGUGUCCAUAGAAUCCGAUAUACUACACACGAAAUUUCACACUGAAUUUUGUGGCUUAUUCAAAACAAACAUUUAAUUUUGACUAAUGACUCGUUAAUGGUUGUUUAUUGGAUACGAUAUAAUAGAAUUUCUAACCUUUUGUGGAAUUGGGCAGAGUUAUCUUUCGUCAGUUGUCCUUACUAUUUCCAAGACAAGUUUGGAAUGUUUUUGCAAAAGUAGGUAGGUGAAUCAAGACUAUAAUUUGCAAAGGCCCAUACAGUGGGGCCCUCACCGACAUAAAGAACUAGAAGAAAAAUGCAAUUCACUACUACAAGUUCAACGGACAUAUCGGCUGCUCCACAAGUGAUUGGGUGGAUGACUACUUUUCCGUUUAAUCAUACAAACAAAAGCUCGCUAUUUUUGGAGUGUACAGUGAAUGUUGGACAAAAUCUUGAUUCUCAUCACUUUUGUCUUUCAUUCUUAUAUUUUUAAUUACUUCAACUGUUAUUCUUUGUAUUUUUCUUCAACUUAAUGGUGUUCUUUUAUGUUCCACCAUAUUUGUUACAUCAUGAUUUUCCUUGGUUUUCUCAUUCACAACAUAUUGGUGUACAGGUCAGAGUAUGAUACUAUUGGGACGUCUGUUAAAGCGGCUCUUGUUUAUCUUGGGACAGCUUUAGUAAAGGUCUGUUGCUUCAACACGAUAGUUGGAUCUCAUCCAAUUUAUAUGUAUAUCGAGUCCAUAGAGAUGAAAUGGCCUAAGCAGAAAUAUCUCGUUAAGCACAGCAUCAGAGCUUGCGAAAACAAGAAACUAAGAUUUGAAAUCAUUCUAUAUCAGGUCCAGAAAGCUAGUGUACUAUUACAGUCGAAUUUUCCAAGAGUAGUAGCAGCUUUCAUACCACAUUACUCGAUUAGAAGAAAACUGCGGUUCUUCCAAGAAACCCAACACUUCUGAGAAUAUUCAUCUUCCAUCUCUUCACUACAAAGCUUAUUCGAAUCAGGUCCAUCUAGGACAGCGGUUCAUUAAUCAGUACAAGAUUGUGGCCCUUCCUUUAUCUUUUGUAUUAGUUGACGCAGCUUCACUUAGUUUGAUCCGCCCAUUAAUUUAGAUUAUUCACACUUUUCUAAUCGUAUUUUUGUUUCUAUUUCUUCCCACUUCAUUGGUAGGACUCGUUUUUAGAAGUUGUUUAAUAACUCAUGCACCUGUGAGAAGAGACUUGCAAGUAAAGAAUGAACAAAGCCAAAUAGAAGUAUUGGUAACGUUUUCUUUCGCGGUGUUUUGCGAUCUACACAAGUUGAGUCAUUGACAGACCACACGCCCUAUUGAAAGGCUUAACUGAUGUGUUUUCGAUGUCUUUAAUCCUACGUUGUCUCUGAGAUUUCAGUUAUAACUUAUAUCAUAUAUGAUCUGGCUUUAAAAAAUUCAAAGAUAAGUGAAACUCUGGUUUUAAUAUUACAAACUAUUGGAUUAGUAUCAAGAUUUUUGUGAGUGCGGUUUUUGUCUGUGGAUUUGGCUCGCCUAUUAGUUCUCACCGUCAUCAUUCGUUAUAUGUAUGUUGAACAUCACUGGAUCUCCAGAAAAUAGGAUAGGGCAUAGCCACAUGGUCUAAAAAAUAGGAUGCCUCAGUCACACUAUGAUAUUGACUACCGAGGAAGGAGCAUUAUCAGAAAGAAAGUGAGCAACAGCCAUAGUAUACUACAUUAUUAGAACCUACUCAAGAGUUUGUAGGAAGAAAGAAAAUGAUAUUUAGCUUCUUUAAGCAUCAAAAUAAUUGAAUUUACCUAAUAUUUGAAAAUUUGACGAGUUUGCUGAAGCAUCAGCUUUGUUCCUUUGGGUUGUGAAUAGUACUGUCACCAGAGGGUCGACGUAUUUUGCUGAAUUUAAGGAGAAGGCUUUCACUUUAGUGCGUAGAUAUUCUACCUUAGUGUGCAUUAAUUAAUGAUUUUUCUUGUGUUGGCAGCUUAUUUGCCUUGCAACUUUCCUCAAGUUGCCUGAAAAUGAUAGCUUCGAUCCGUAUCAGGUACGUCUGCGGCAUCUGACACACCUUAAAUUUUACAUGCUACUCUAGUGCAUCAUGCGAGCACAAAUCUUUUUCUAUUAUUCGUAAGGAUAUUUUAGCUCAGUUAAAUAUCAGGUACAAAAUCCUUUUUACAUAUAUUAUAUUGUAUUAUAUUAUAUUAUCAGGUACAAUUGUAAUUGUUUCUUUGUGACUCGUGUUUCUUUUGGGAUUCUGAACGGGCUAACACAGGCUAGAGCAGGCGUUUCUAUGUAUUGAUGAAUAUUGAUGUCGGAUUUCGGGUAGUAUUCAACAAAAGUGACAUUCAUUAGCAGCGAUCUGGUUCAACAGGGACCUUGGUAGAAUGGUUUAAUACGUAUCUUUUUACUGGUUCAACGGUAUAUAAAUAGAUUUAUUCAUCCAUGAUUUCAAGUAGCGGUCUGACUAUUGUCAACUGAUAUUAACUUCAUGGUUUCCAGCAUUGUAGGAUGCUAGUCGAAACAGAUUAGAAGUAUCAACUAUUUUCUCGAUGUAUUUGCGGUCAAAAACAGCUUGCCUAGUAAUGAUGCGCAAAGUAUAGGUUACAUUCUUGAAAAAAAUUAUCUUUCUGGAGGUUGAACUAGUUUGAUCCGGCUCUGCAAUGAUUAUCCAAAAAUAGUUAUUUAAUCGUGAUUUCUCUGUCAUUUUUUUUCUUUUUUCAGGAAUCCCUGAAAGCUCUAAUUGGAUUUGUAGAUGUUGCUGGGCUUUAUUUCGCAUUGACCCAAUUAACCCACAGGAAUAUCUCUCAGAAUCAUAAAUUCCAGGCUGUUGGGCUAGGUGAGUGCAGAUAACCUCUUCCUGAGCUGAUUCUCCUUCGCUUUCUCACUCUAGAUUCUGUGCCGGAAUGAAAAAAAGUCCUGACCAUCUUGUUUAUUCGUAUUCGUGAUUUUUUUAAAUAAAAAAUAAAAUUCCAUAAAUUAAAGGGCAAUACAUAUUUUGCGGGUUGCUCUAAAUAGGAACUUUCGCUUUCUCUCUCUAGAUUGUGUGCAGGAAUCAAAAAAAUCCUGACCAUCUUGUUCAUUGGUACUCGUGAAUUUUUUCAUAGAAAAAAAAUAAAAUUCCAUAAAUUAAAGGGCGAUACGUAUUUUUCAAGUUGCUGUAAAUAGUAACUUCCGAGGAAUGGAUAAUGCUCAGUUCUCUCUCUUGCUGCUCGCAGGCUGGGCCUUUGCUGACUCUGUUCUACACAGACUGGCUCCUCUUUGGGUGGGCGCCAGAGGACUGGAGUUCACUUGGGAGUACAUCCUGCAAGGCCUUGAAGCGAACGCAAAUCUGGUUCGUUUUCUUUUUUAUUUUAUAGCUCCCCUUUAAAUAAUCUUUUCGUCUGUUUCUCCCUCUUCGGUAGCUUGAUUCUUGUCGUCAACUGCCCACUCUCUGAUGGGUUGACCAACUUGAUUGGGUUUAAUUAUUAUUUUUUUACUGUUUAUGGAAAGCGGUGAAUCUCGGACAGGAAAUCUACUCUCUCUCUCUCUCUCUCCUUCUCUCUCUAAUCCGUUAUUCGUUUAAAAUGGGCGUUGCCUUUGUCGGCUCGGUGAUGGGUUUCUUCGUGCAUUGUUAAUCUGAUCUAGAAAGCUACAACUUUGUAGGUGCUGAAUCUCUCGCUGGCUGCACUGGGCUCUCUGAUAUGGCUUCGGAAGAACAAACCAAGAACCCUCGUCCCCAUCAUCUAUGCCUGCGCCGGGAUUCUCGCGACCAUGCCUUCCAUCACCAGGUUCGUCGGAUCCUCCCCCUCUCUCUCUCUCUCUCUCUCUCUCUCUCUCUCUCUCUCUCAGACUUGUUUAUUUUGGCAGCUAUUUGAGGCACGGUCUGGGGUGGCUCAUGCCGAAGGUGAUAGCUUUCGAGCUCCUCUCUUCACUCGCCAUGGCCUUCGUCAGCUGGCAGCUCUUCUCUGCCUGCCAGAGACCGUCGGCGUAG